GGAUGCAGCCGGAAGUACGGCGUGUGUGCUGUGCGGUGGGUAGCUGUGUGCGCUCCGCGUGUGCUGCCGCGUGGGCCAUGGGGCGGCGGGCGCGGGGCCGGCGGUUCCAGCAGCCGCCGCAGCCUGAGGGCGAGGAAGACGGCAGCGACGGCAGCAGAAAGCGCGGCCAGGAGGGCUGGGAAGGUGGAUAUCCCGAGAUCAUAAAGGAGAACAAGCUCUUUGAGCACUACUAUCAGGAACUCAAGAUCGUGCCGGAGGGAGAAUGGGACCAAUUCAUGGGCUCACUUCGAGAGCCCCUCCCAGCCACAUUGAGAAUCACUGGUUACAAAAGCCAUGCAAAAGAGAUUCUCCAUUGCUUGAAGAACAAGUAUUUUAAGGAAUUGGAGGACCUGGAGGUAGAUGGACAGAAAGUUGAAGUUCCUCAGCCACUAAGCUGGUACCCUGAAGAACUUGCCUGGCACACAAAUUUAAGUCGGAAAAUCUUGAGAAAGUCCCCAUUGUUGGCAAAGUUUCAUCAGUUCCUGGUCAGCGAGACGGAGUCUGGAAACAUCAGCCGCCAGGAGGCUGUCAGCAUGAUUCCCCCACUGCUGCUCAACGUUGAGCCCCAUCAUAAGAUCUUAGACAUGUGUGCAGCCCCUGGAUCCAAGACCACACAGUUAAUUGAAAUGUUGCAUGCAGACAUGAGUGUGCCCUUUCCAGAGGGAUUUGUAAUCGCAAAUGACGUGGACAACAAGCGCUGCUAUCUGCUCGUCCAUCAGGCCAAACGGUUGAGCAGUCCCUGCAUCAUGGUGGUGAACCAUGACGCAUCCAGCAUUCCUAGACUCACAGUAGAUGUGGAUGGAAGGAAAGAGAUUCUCUUCUAUGAUCGGAUUUUGUGUGAUGUCCCUUGCAGUGGCGAUGGCACAAUGAGAAAAAACAUUGAUGUCUGGAAGAAAUGGACUACCUUAAACAGCUUGCAGCUCCAUGGCCUACAGCUUCGGAUUGCAACCCGAGGUGCUGAGCAGCUGGCCGAGGGUGGCAGAAUGGUGUAUUCCACCUGUUCCUUGAACCCUGUGGAAGAUGAAGCCGUCAUAGCAGCUCUGCUGGAGAAGAGUGAAGGUGCCCUGGAGCUUGCUGAUGUAUCUGCUGAGUUGCCAGGACUAAAGUGGAUGCCUGGAGUCUCACAGUGGAAGGUCAUGACUAGAGAUGGGCAGUGGUUUGCAGACUGGCAGGAGGUUCCCCAGGGCAGGCACACGCAAAUACGGCCCACCAUGUUCCCCCCAAAGGACCUGGACAAACUACAGGCAAUGCAUUUAGAGCGAUGCCUUCGAAUACUGCCCCAUCAUCAGAAUACUGGAGGGUUCUUUGUGGCAGUAUUGGUCAAGAAAGCACCAAUGCCAUGGAACAAACGUCAGCCCAAGGUACAGAGUAAAUCUGCACAGGCCAGAGACCCCAAAGCAUCCAACACUGUGGCUGCCACAAAGGGAAAUCCCAGUGACCAGUCUGAGCUGGAAAGCCAGAUGAUCACUGGAGCUGGUGACUCAGAAGCAGCUCAGACGACUGAGAACACAGAGAGUAAUGAGAAGAAAGAUGGCGUAUGUGGCCCUCCUCCAUCAAAGAAAAUGAAGUUGUUUGGAUUCAAAGAAGAUCCGUUCGUGUUCAUUCCUGAGGAUGAUCCUUUAUUUCCACCUAUUGAGAAGUUCUAUGCCUUGGAUCCUUCAUUCCCGAGGAUGAAUUUGCUAACCCGAACCACAGAAGGAAAGAAGCGGCAGCUUUAUAUGGUCUCCAAGGAGUUGAGGAAUGUACUGCUCAACAACAGCGAGAAGAUGAAGGUCAUUAACACUGGGAUAAAAGUCUGGUGUCGAAAUAACAGUGGUGAAGAGUUUGACUGUGCGUUCCGUUUGGCACAGGAGGGAAUAUAUACAUUGUAUCCAUUUAUCAAUUCAAGAAUCAUUACUGUAUCAAUGGAAGAUGUGAAGACACUGUUGACCCAGGAGAACCCAUUCUUUAGAAAACUGAGCAGUGAGGCCUACAGUCAAGUUAAGGACCUCACAAAGGGAAGUGUUGUGCUGAAGUACGAACCAGAUUCUGCGAAUCCAGACACCCUCCGGUGCCCCAUUGUGCUAUGUGGGUGGCGGGGAAAGGCCUCUAUUAGAACUUUUGUGCCCAAAAAUGAGCGGCUGCAUUAUCUCAGGAUGAUGGGUCUAGAGGUAUUGGGAGAAAAGAAAAAAGAGGGUGUCAUUCUUACCAAUGAGAGUGUUGCCAGCCCAGAACAGCCUGAAGAAGAGGAUGCCAAGCAGACAGCACAAGACCCCUGUAACCCAGACUCUGUUCCUGGAUGUGACCCAGGUGCAGCUGAGCCAUCCCGGUGAAGAUGUCCCACACACUGAAUUGGUACCAUCCUUUUGUUGGAGAUCAAACCUAGAAUGUCCUUAGCUGGGACCUGGAGAUGAGUGGGUGGCUAGUCUAGGGAGAGCUAUAUUUUCUAGCAUUUGGAAGUCGCUUUUGCAGAAUGGAUUCAUGUUCCUGCUUUAAAGGCUAAUAUGACACAGCCUUUGCAGAAGUCGCUUUUGCAGAGUGGAUACAUGUUUCUGCUUUAAAGGCUAAUAUGACACAGCCUUUGCAGAAGUUCGGAUCCCUUGUCGGGCCAAUAUUGGCCUAGUCUAAAAUUAUAGCAAAAAUCUACAAGUCUUGGGAAGCAACUCUAUGCUUUUAAUAUUUUUUGGGCUGCACAUCAGUGUGCUGUGCAGUCACGCUGACACUGAGGUCUCAGGUGACUUCUGUGCCUUUGUGAUAAAGGGUGAGGGUAAGCCUGGUGAAUCAUGACAGCAGUUUUGGGGACCGUUUGUGCUUAUCCUGGAAGUGCUUUAAGUGGGGUGGAGAUUGCUGGGUCAUGAAAUAAAGAGCUAUUAUAAUGUGUCUUGACAUAUGACUUGGAUUUGCUUUUAGUUGGCUAAUGGGAGAGAGAGAACCAAGCCCUCUUGUGUCUCAUAUAGGAAUUGAAGCUGGGCUGCUGCAGUGUUGUCAGCCACUGUGUCCUGAGCAGCUUCCUGCUACAGUGAGGUGAGGCAGAUGGACCUGGGCUGUGCUGGAUCCUAGACUGGCUGUAGCACAGACCCAAGCUCAUGCCCACUGAGCCAUUGAUGUCUCAGCAUUUAAGGGUGAAGAAGUAGAGCUGGGUGGACCUGCACUUGUGUCCCCUGCCUGGCUUCCAGGAGUGCUAGCCUGGCCGGCCACGUUUAUCCUCCUCAGCAGUGUCCCCCAUCAGCCUCAUGCUCAGAGUUUGGUUAUCAUUGAACACAAAUGUAGGGCAGACGUAUCCAGUGACGUCUCUGUAUUCGUGUCCUCUUGAAACAUUUUCCUGUCAGCUGCUGUGUUCCCCCUCACCCAGAUUUUCCGGGCAGAGUUCUUGCAGGUGCUCUUUCUUCCCUGUGUAUGUAAUAUGUUUUGCCUGCACUGUUGAGCAUUAAUUACAUGCAUGUUCUCCAGGCCUUCCUAUAUAUGCUCUGAGCCAAACACCAGCUAUCUCUGGGAUAGCUGUGCCUUGCUCAUAAAAGUUCAAUCCAGUUGGAUCUGUUGACUGUUUAUCCCCUGAGGAGAGACAUAGGAUCCUCACCUGAAUGUCCAGCUGCGCCAUACCACAAGUAUGUAACUCUGCCUUGGGGAGGGCCAGAGGAUAAAGAAGACCAGGGUGGGAAUCCCAUCUAUGUGGCUAUGGGGAAGCCAUCUUCUGGUUGAAGACUUGGGCUACAAAAGACUGUCUUGCAGGGGAAGGAAACCCAAGUCCCUGUAAGUAGCCCUCACCUGUCCUACAAGUAAGCCCUGUAAUUCACCGGUUCCCCAGAAUGAAUUCUGGUAGAAGUGUGGGGUUUAGAGAAAGCAUGGUGUUGGGCUCUAAGGAGGAGGGGCACACUUUGCUUACUUCCCUGUCCAGGGGAGGGAGACAUUUUAGCAGUAGUGGGUCUCUCCUAACAUAGGUGAGCCUGACCUUGAGAAGACCACUUAGUGAGAAGACCUCUAAGCUGUAGCCAUUGGAAGUACCUCACUGCCGAGUAGCCUGGUGACAACCUCAGCCAGUGCUGCCCUGGAUGCCUCCAUCUUGUGAGUCCUUCUCUUACAGGAUGUGGGUUCGUUACUUUGUAGAGUGUUCUCGGGCUCUUCCUUCUUACUAGAGCAGGUAGGCAGUGCAGCUAGGGCCGUGGCACUGUUGGUUGUCUGUCACCUUGUGGCAGCUUUGCUUGUUGGCAGACAGCUACCUGCCAUUGUGCCCAUCCCGUGUUUGUGUAUUAUAGGGAAGUCCCUUCAAGACUUUGUUCUUUUUCCUCAGACUUCAACAGUCAGCAUAGUUUCUGAGACGUCAUUUUGUUAAAUAAGUUAUGAACCUGAGAACCUCCUGCUUCAGCCUCCCAAGUACUGUUUUCCCCUUGUUUCCUCUGAAUUUAGGAGUGGAUGGCCAUGAGUUACUAUGUCCAGCUUUGGAUGCCGUCUUGUAGAGACCAUCUAAGCAGAUGAAACUGUCUGAUUCUUGGUCAAAUCCUACUGGACGUGCAGGUCAGGUGGCAGUCCUGGGGCCACAUAGACGUGGAACCAUUCAGGCUGUGUGCAUUAACCUUGGGUCCUAGGAUAGUUAAAGUGCUUAUAGUGUAGUAUGUUUUCUUGUCAAUUUCAGUAAGGGUUGUCUGAUU